CUGAGACGCUAAAACGUUGCAUUUUUGCGCAGCGGAAGGUGAACACGCAGCAUCAGAAAGCGAGGAACGCUCCAAGCGGCGGCCUCCAUGGCGUUGGCUUCUCGACAACUCUCCCGAUCCAGACAGAUUGACGUCUGGAUCCAUAGUGAAUGAUGCUGUCAGAGAAACUGAUCAUGUGCAAUACAAAGUCUGAAAUUUAUAUGCUCGUCAGAUCAUUGGUCAGAUAGUUGUGCAACAUGAUCAUGCAAUUCCAGUUCGAUCCUACGCGAAAGAAGCUGCACCUUCUGGUUUACCACCCCUCAAAGGAGAUGGAAAAGAUCACUAUUGAUCCUGAUGAUCCUGCAGCUGUUUCAGAGUAUGCAAAAGUUAUCAAAACAAUAAGAGAAAAGGCGGAUCUAUUCUCAGAAUCUCAGCGAAUUAAAUACACAAUUGAACAACAAACACAAGGCAUUCCUGAUGCUAGGACAUACUUGUUGACGUUACAAGAGAUACGGAUCAAGAGUGGCCUUACAGAUGAUCUUGGUACUGAGACAAUGAUGAUGGAAGCUUUGGAGAAGGUCGAGAAAGAGAUAAAAAAGCCACUGCUGAGGUCGGACAAGAAGAACUUGGCUCUUCUGUUAGCCGAGUUUGACAAGAUUAACCAGAAGCUGGGCAUUCGAAAGGAAGAUCUUCCUAAGUAUGAAGAAGAGUUGGAACUUAAAAUUGCUAAAGAGGAUUUGCAGGGUCUGAAGAAGGAUGUUUUGGAAGCAAUGGAAACCCACCUUAAGAGGGAGGAAUUCAAGGACGAGAAGAUGGUUAACGUGAAAUCAUUGGAUAUUAGGAAUUUCAUUUAAGGUUUUUCCAAAAUUGUAUUGCCAAAUACUGGAAGGCUGGGCCUCUUUCUUUGUUUUUUCCAUGCUUUCAAAGAAUUUGAGCUGCUACACCAGCAAUUUACAUACAGUGCUCGUUAUGAACGUCCUUGCACUUUGUCUGUUUGCCUAAUAAUAAGCAGUUGAAUGUGCUACUUAGCAAUGCCUUACUGAGCUGGACCAUGGUCAGCUCAGAUACAUAUUUGUAAUUUUGGGUUCAUAGUGGUGGCCGAAUCACUCAAUAUAUUUUUUUGAUUUUUCUGGGUCUGUAAGCAAUUUUCUUUUAUCCAUGGCAGGUGAUCGAGCAAUGUUGCCAUAAAGUGAGACUUAAGUUCUGAUACAAUAACAGAUCAUUCAUGCCAUGCUUGUUCAGCUGGAAUAAGGGCUUUAAAACACUUGUAAGAUCCUCUUGUUUCGACAUCUAAUGACUGAUUCCCACCUUUGGUGCCUCCAUCCUGUCUACCUCGGACUGCCUUAAGGACCUGCACCUGCGCCGUGUCCGUGGUGGUGCGUCAAACAAUGAUUUCCAACUCUUCACACACUGCGACAACCGAGUUGUCCACAGCUGCUGCUGCUGCCAGUACUCGUCCACAACAAGCCCAGAGCAAGCGCGAGGCCGGACACAGUCUCUCCAACCGAAGCCAUCACUCCCUGCAGGGAUUCCCCUCGGCCCCCUUCAGUGUCCGCAGCGCAGCGUAAACAAGCCCAUGGCGGUGUUCUCUCUUCCUUGGCCUUCAUGCCCGCCGUGUCGCAAUGCUGUUCCACCUCACGGAUCCCCCAUGCACGUCCGCUUGCCACAGGACGCAGUUGCAGAACGGGAACGGGAACGGGAACGGGUUCGGGUUCCCUUCGGGUCUCUCCUAUCCAACUGACGUCAAGAGGGAAGAAAGUCCGUAUCACAGUAUCAUUUUGAUGUGUUCGACUGAUGGGAUAUGAAACAUACCCAACCAUUCCAAUGGAGACAAACUUUGCCUGGAAGUCAUGGACAGAGCAGAAACCACCAUGGAAUUUUAGGUGGCACAUGUGACGCCAAGGAAAAAGAAAUGGCCGAGUUGAAGAGAGCAGCCACCGCUGCUGCCCUCUUUUACACUAUAUAAAACUCAUCGGCCGCUUAAAGAAAGGACAGAGAUCAACAAUGGAGAGGGACCGUGUCGGGGAAGAGCAGUAAAGGUGGCAGCUGCAGGAAGACAGGUCACCCGCGGCUGGGUUCCCCAAAGGCACAGCACACUGUUCCCCCAUAACUCCCUCCCUUGUCUCCUUGCAGCAUCUGAUAAAUCUAUAUAUAUUUACGAGCUCAGGAUAUCCCAAGCUGCAUGCAUUCCAUUUCCCCCUCAGCUAAGCCGCAGCAAACCGGGGAUCGAGUUCAGUUGGAGAUGGAGUUGGAGCUCGGCCUUGCACUCCCUGGCAGUGAUCGGACACCGGAGCUGGGUGUCCACGGUGAGAAGAGGGCCAGCUUGUGCAGGAAGAGAGGCGUCGGCGAGAUGUUAGCCAAGGCUACUUUGCCUCUGCUCAUCCAGAAGGACAACGACAAGGAUGGCGAUGACGAUAGCAGGCAAUCUAAGCAUUUGCAGGAGCUUAAUUUUAGUGGAAGCAGAGUUCUGGUUGGGUGGCCGCCGGUGAAAAUGUGGAGAAGGAAGAGCGAUGACUGCGGCAGGAGGAGGGCGAAUUGCGUGAAGGUGAACAUGGAAGGGGUAGCCAUAGGGAGGAAGGUGGAUCUCUGCCUCCAUGACUCCUAUCAGGCCCUCUUCCUCACGCUAGGCCAGAUGUUUCCCAAGAAACAACAUGAUGGAGAGGAAUCUGAUGCUGCUUAUUAUAAGGUUACCUAUGAGGAUGAAGAUGGAGACUGGAUGCUGGUUGGAGAUGUGCCAUGGGAAGCUUUCAUCCAAUCCGUGAGGCGUCUCAAGAUACUCAACUGAGCAAGAGCACAGGAAGGCAGAGAGGCCACUUUUGUGCCGUUUCUCCAUGGCUAGAUCUUUUGUGCUUGUUUUCUGCGGAUGUAAUCCUUAGUAAAGCAGUCUUUUGUUCGUUUAUGAUGAA